UUUACCUCCACCCAAUCAUCAUGGUCUCAAAGACGUUCCGAAGCGACGUGCCUAACAUCCUUCAGGAGGAAUCUGUGCUUGGCCCUCAGUGGGUGGGGAUUUUUGAGGCACCGGUGGAGUUUGGUGCCGCACACUUCCUCACGGCGAUGAACAACUUAAUCCGUGAGCCCAACAUCAACUCCACCAUCAUCCUCCGCACCGAUAUCUUGAAAGAAAACAAGUACCAUCCUGCCGCCAGCUUUGUGAGCGAAUUGGUACACACAAAGCCGGACAUCCAGUCAGAAAAGGGAGAGGUUUUGCUUCAGCAUAACUUGGACGAUGUGGCUUUCCGCACGGUACCAGUGGCGAUGCUGUUUGAAAUGGACACCGAGGUGGUCAGACGCAUCAUUCCACGCAACCCCUUUAAAGACUAUAUCAUUAACCAGACAUGUCUUGUGUUGCGACAAGCAUCUGAUGUGGACGACUCUUUGUUGGUUGUGUAUGUCCCGCACGUGGAGAGGGAAGAGGACAUUCCGUUCUACUUACCGCCUGUUACUGCAGUAGGAAUUCUCUUCCAUCAGGGCAGUCUCUCGGUGCACUAUUUGCCUUUUGGGCACGUGGACCCCGCUGUGGUGGCGGCGAUGCGAGCGCUUGAACAUGGUGCCAGAGCGAUCCGAAUCGCGUACAACUUGAUGCAGACGGCGAUGAAGCACUCUAAGGGGGUCAAGAAUGGAUACGCAAAGCGUGUAAACCACGAUUUGGUCGUCUCCAAGGUCGCCUUCCAGGAUCGCUACAUCGCGUUGAAAAAGAAGUACUCGCUGCACUUGGUGGAAAAUUGGGCCGAGUCCACCGAUCCUAGGAAACACGUGUUUGAGGAUAUUGCUAUUGCGGCUUUCUUGGUGGAACUCUGGGCGAAGAUCUACCCUGAGGGCAAGACUUCAUUUGAGUACCGUGAUCUCGGGUGCGGGAACGGGAUUUUAGUGUAUCUUUUGGCCUCUGAAGGCUACACAGGCAUCGGGAUGGAUGCGCGUGCACGAAAGUCCUGGAGAACCUUCCCGGAAAACAUUCAGAACUGUUUGAAAGAGCAAGUAAUAGUGCCGUCGGUGCUUGUAAGACCGCACCCAGCCGUCAAAGAAUUGGCGCCGCUGGUCACGGAUAACGGCCAAGUGUUCCAAGUGCCGUUCCAGGACCCCAACACAAACGUACCCGCUGUGGCGUUUUAUUCGUCGGCCAGUUUACUCAACAACAGUUCUGUAGACGUGGCAGAGUAUCCGGCGAAUACGUUCAUCAUCGGUAACCAUUCGGACGAGUUGACGUGCUGGAUUCCGCUUUUGGGUUACCCGUUCAUGGUCAUUCCGUGCUGCUCGCACGCGCUAUCGGGUGCCAGGAUCCGGUACCCCCCACGCAAGCUCGACACCGCACAGAAGGCCGAGCAGCAGAAGAACGGGACAAACUCCUCGUCCGCCUACGCAGCCCUUGUGGACCAUGUGGAGGCUGUGGCGAAACAAGUGGGAUGGAAGGUGGAGCGCGAGAUGUUGCGGAUUCCGAGCACCCGCAAUGCCGCCAUCAUCGGGUAUGAGAAGGACAAACACGAUGUAAAGUCAGUGUACGAUGUGUUGGCGAUGGAGGGUGGUGCGAUGGGGUGGGUGGAGAAUACCAUGGCGUUGAUGAAGAAGCCGCCGAGGGGACAUUAACUGUAAGUGCGUAGCACCAACGAGCUAAGUGGUGUUGCCCCUCAAGCUGUGCAUAUAGUAUUGUAAUAUAACAUAUGGAGUUUG